UAGAAGAUUCAGUUUACUCCCUCAAGAGGCCAUUCGCUCGGACAACAGUAAGACUUUAAUGCUGUAUAUUUCAAACAAAGAAACAUGGAGUCUGUCAGGAGUGCUUUCCACGCUCAGCUGGCCACCGUCAUGGACUCCCUGCUGGCUGCAGCCGUGUGCGAGAUCGCCAAGAUCUUCGAGAGCAGCCUGUGCGAUCAGCAGGCGGAGCUGGCACAGAAAACCGAGGAGAUCUCCGUCCUCCGGUGCAGACUGGAGAAACAGGAGAGGAGGCUGAAAGCGGAGGGUGCAGGGAGCGAGGGCAGAGAGGAGUCAGCAGGAGGCAACACGAGGCAACAGCCUGGAUCAGGACCAAAUGUAGGAAAGGACGUGGCUACUGAUUCGGACUCGGAGAACGUACUGAGCAUGCUGAAAGAGGAGGUUGUGGGGCAGGAUGGAGCUCCUGUAAAACACGAGCACGUUGGAUCUCUGUCUGUCACAACCCAAGCCACAGAGGGAAACCUUACUGGGGAUGAUGGGGAAAAUGACGGUCUUUCUGCUACACAAGCUAGGACCAAAAUAUCUAAUUGGAAUCCCAGCGGUCACGGUGCAGACCCCAGCACCCUCCAAGAUCAAGCAUCUGCUCCUUUUCUCUCCAUCUCCCAGAGCGGUCGUUGUUCUCCUCGGACUGAGCCGAACCUACCUCAACCAGGAGAGUGGUUACCAGGACUGGACACCACUCGAGGUAAUGCGUCGGGUAUGGAGAACCCGCAGACGGAUGGUACAGACUGUUCUGCUGCAGCUAGCAGCAGCACCAAGGUGGACCCGUCGUGCUUCCGACCUGGUUACAGAUCAGACGAAACCAGCAACGAAGGUGACGAUAGCUCUUUUUCUUUCCUGAACCAGGAGUCGGAAAACCAGAACUCAGAGCAGAGUCAGGAUAUGGGGCCGAGGGGGGCUCAUCCAGACCACCCUCAAGCCUCCUCUGGUGAAACGGCGUGGCAAACGAGGGCUGACAGAGCUUCAAGAAGUUCUGUCAGUCACACACGGCGGAUGACGAGCUUGGCUAACAGAGACCCUCUGCGAGCGCAGUUGAAUUCCCCGUCGCUCGCUGUGCGACAGUUAAACACUCUGGUCCCCCCUCCAGCUUCCAGCGGCGGUAAUGGACGCCCUUACUCCUGCCCAUACUGCACAAAGUGUUUCACCUACCCCUCCCAUCAGCGCAGACACCUUUUACGGCACACGGGAGUCAGGCUGCACCCCUGUCAGUUUUGUGACAAGAGCUUCCUCACGCCAUCUGAACUGACCGUGCACACUCGCACGCACACCGGGGAGCGGCCGUUUGGCUGCGCUCAGUGCGGUAAACGCUUUGCUCGCAGCGGAAACUUGAGGGCCCACCAACGGGAUGUUCACAUGGGGAAGAGGCCCUUCGCGUGCGCCGAGUGUGGAAAGAGAUUUGCCCACAGGGGGAACCUGAGGGUGCACAAUCACAGAGUCCACCAAGGAGAGCCGUACUACACGGACGAUCAGCCGGAGCCGGACAUGGGCCCAAAUGCUGUUUAAAAACGUUUUUAUUUUGCAGAACAAGUCAAGGAAAAGAAACUGAUUUGUUUUUAAAUUGAUGACAGGCAGCCAUGGAACUAUGAGCGAUGGUCAGUGUGAU